UCAUGUAGCAUCACGUCAGUAUUGUGGAUUUUGGAAGACUUUUUGAAAUUCAAGUUAACAGAAUCAUAGGUAUCCGCAUUGACUUUAUACACUAGUAUCCGUACAGGGCCCUAACGAAAGCAGUCAAACAUCAAAAAUAACUUGAAAACCUUUGAUGCUGGGUAUAGAGAAAUGUAGUAUCAAACGACGUAGAUUUUAAUAUAGAUUUCGAAAAUGCAAUAAAUAAUUGGUUAGUAUUAAUAAUUGGUUAGCUAGAUAUGUUUCAAAUGUGAGAAUCGUGUUAAUUUAAAAAUAUUAAGCGAGUAACUAUGACUCUUUGACCAUUUCGAGUGGUAACGUCAGGUAAUUGAACCAGAGUGAAAGUCCUUCUAUCGUAGUUGUGCACACAAACACGAGUCAUAGUUUCGAGCACCUACCUUCACGUGGCUCCCGCUGGUAACCUUUCUCCCUGUGUGGGAGAUCCAACCGCUGCGAAAGGACUUACGCGUAAGCAAUAUGGCCUAUAGAAAGAGAAAGCCUGACGAGCAAAUUUGUCCCAAAAUAAUAAAAAAUGGCAAAUAGUGUUCCAUUGGUUCUUCGACUCCUUGCUUCCUCAGUGACAGCUGCUAGAGGUGCUGGUAAUAUUGUUCGUGAGAUUGUUAGUAGAGGAGGUGAUCAAAAUAAUGAACUAACUGAGGAAAAACGGUCGAUGCAGCGUUGUCUUAGAGCCUCCUUAUGUCAGCAGUAUCCCAACCUCAACAUUGUGUGGGAGGAAGAAGGAAGUAACGAUGAGACACCAACUGAAUUGAUUGUUACAGAGUGUGACGAUCACAUUCUGUCACAACAGUGUCCAGCAGAGUACGUCGAUGUCACUAGUGAAGACUUAGUGCUUUGGAUUGAUGCUGAAUAUACGGACCAUGCUACAGUAUUUGUUGGCAUUUCGAUGAACGGCAAAGCCAUUGGAGGGGUAAUUCAUCAGCCUUGUUAUAAUUAUGUUGAUGUUGAAAAUCCCACUUUGACGGGUCGCACUUUAUGGGGACUAGUCCAUCUUGGAACUGGAGGAUUUCAUACUAAGGAACUACCGUCUGGUACUGUUACUUUGACCAUUACCGAAGUGCAACAUAAUGAUCUGUUGACAACAGUUCUUGACGCCUUUCAGCCAGAUGAAGUUUUACGAAGUACGGGAGUAGGACAUAACGUUAUGUUGCUGUUAGAGGGAAAAGCACACGUCUAUGUCUUUCCAAGCAAGGAAUGUAACAAACGGAGUAUCUGCGCGCCUGAUGCGGUGAUAACUGCGAUGGGUGGCAAGUUAACAGAUAUUCAUGGUGAUACCUAUGAAUAUUGCACAAACAUGGAACAUACGAAUGUUUGUGGCAUAUUGGCAACUGGAAAAGGCAUAGAUCACAGUUCGUUUGUAGGGAAGGUUCCACAAGACGUUCGCGACGCACUAACAAUAGCAAAACCAAACCUCGAUUUGCUGUUAGAUUUCGAGAAAUGUAUGGAGUAUAUGAAGAGCCCGGAGUUUAAGGAGUUUAUGGAAAGUGUUAAAUUUGUUGGGUUUGAUCCAGUGAAAGUGAAAGACUCGCUCAUGGCCAUACCUGGCUUCACGUAUGAAGACAUGUGUGCGUGCUCGUAUUUUUUCUUGUCUAAAGGUACAAACUUGACAAGGAUUCUACAAAAACUCAAUCCAUCACGUAAAAGAGAACUGCAAGGACUGAUCAGUAAAUAUAACCUGGUCUCCAAAAUUAAUAGCCCAGCAGCAGUGACGCUAGCUAGAGUUGCAGGAUGUUUUCCCUUAGCCGUUUUGGAAAAUCUCAAGAAAUAUAGAGAAGACCGAAUGCCGAGACCAGUUACGCAGGAUUAUUUCCUAUCCUUCAGUAGAGUGCGAUUUCCGAGAAUUUUAAUGUGCAAUGCGAUCGCUUCGUUAAUUCCAAACGAACCCUUUUCAACUGUUACACAGUCGGACUUGGAUAAAAUUAUUGCGUUAAUCACCAUUUACUCGGCAGUGGAAUCUACGUUUCUAAACCGUGAGCACAGAGAUAAAAGCAAACCGGAAUUAUAUUGCAUUGCAGACACUUACGUCCAGCUUGCCUAUAAAUCAUCAAUUAAAUCAGAAGAGGAAAGACAGGCUCUAGUGAUCUAUGGACAGUUUGCUGGAGUGAUUGAUGAUUGCGUUUUGAAUCCCGAGAUCUCCAGAUUGCAUGAUGAUUUAAUUACCCAUUUCAAAGAUUAAUUUUGUAUUACGUAUGUCGAUAAAAGCAUUUAUUUCAGUGUAUUUUGAUAUUAUUUUUUUUUGUUUAUAUCUUUUAUAAAUAAACUCUUUAAGGGUGGA